AAACCGUUACAAUAUACCGGACAAGUGCGCAUUCAUUUGACACGUGUUGGCUUGUUCCCUGUAAACUGCGACAACGCUGUGUUACGUUACAGACUUGAGAACCAGCCUUCCAUAUUUACACGGUUUUUGUUUUGUUCGGCAAAUUAGAAGAUUCCUUGUGUUAAAGCUUACAGUACAGCAUGUUGAGCAGACUUUAUAGACCACUGGUUGCAGCCUCACAGAGGAUAUCACAGACUGCAGUGAGGUGCACCUCCUCCGGUGUGAAACCCGCAAAGAUCGGCCAGAAAUCAGAGGCCAUAUUUGAAAGAGAAGACAGAUAUGGGGCUCACAAUUACGCUCCACUUGGCGUGGCCUUAAAUAAGGGACAAGGUGUGUUUGUAUGGGACGUGGACGGUAACAAGUACUUUGACUUCCUCAGUGCUUAUAGUGCAGUAAAUCAAGGUCAUUGUCAUCCUAGGAUCAUUAAGGCUUUAGUAGACCAAGCCCACAAGCUGACCUUAACCUCGAGGGCUUUCUACAACAACUUGUUGGGAGAAUAUGAACAGUACAUCACCAACCUAUUUGGCUACGAUAAAGUUCUCCCUAUGAACACAGGUGUCGAAGGAGGUGAGACUGCAUGCAAGUUAGCUCGGAAGUGGGCUUACAAGGUCAAGGGCAUAACUAAGAACCACGCCAAGAUCAUCUUUGCAGAAGGGAACUUCUGGGGCCGUACCCUAGCUGCUGUGUCCUCCUCCACUGACCCCUCUGCUUACGAGGAUUAUGGGCCAUAUAUGCCAGGAUUUGAAAUUGUCCCAUACAAUGAUCUUGAAGCUUUAGAGCUGAAACUGAAAGACCCAAAUGUCUGCGCAUUUAUGGUAGAACCCAUCCAGGGAGAGGCAGGGGUUGUAGUCCCGCAUGAGGGGUACCUGAAGGGGGUCAGAGACCUUUGCACGAAAUACAAUGUGCUAUGGAUUGCAGAUGAGGUUCAGACUGGUCUUGCAAGAACUGGAAAGAGACUGGCUGUAGACCAUGAGAAUGUGAAGCCAGAUAUACUGAUCCUUGGUAAAGCUCUUUCUGGUGGAGUACUACCUGUGUCUGCAGUUUUAGCGGAUGAUACUGUGAUGAUGACAAUACGACCAGGAGAGCACGGGUCAACAUACGGUGGAAAUCCUCUUGCAUGCACUGUAGCUAUGGAAUCUCUCAAGGUAUGAUACAUGUAAAUUUUAAUG